AUGGCCACCAAUAUUGGUUCCCCCAAGCGGCAGAUCACACCCGUUCCCGUGCCUGUUCUCCCAAUACCAUUACCCUCUGCUCUUCCGCAAAAGCGAGCUCUCGAGGACGACCAUGCACCCCCAGUUUCCUCGCCUCUCAACCCCAACCCGGACCCGAAACUAAGCAAAACACAGUCGCAUGACGAUAUAGCAGCCAUGGCCCGCGAAACCAAACCUGCGCGGACCAAGAAGGAAACGCUCAAGAAGCGCGAGUCCAAGGGCGGCGGACUCGGCGCAGACAGCUCGAGGGCCACGCCAGAUCCCAAGGCCAAGGACCUGCCGCCGAACGAGUCUUCGCCGUUGCGAUAUAAGUUAGCGCCCCCGAAACCCUCAGACUUCGAGCCCGCUCGGGCUCCUCUCUUCGCCCAUCACCACAACGUCCCCGCCCUCGACGGUUCCACCAUUGAGUUCCUCGAGACCUCCGAACAUGUCUACAACAAGAAGAACUACCACUACCUCCAUUGCAUAGCCGACCCCGGUUUCCCUUCCUCCUUCUACUACCGCCAGACCGAACCUGAACCCCACGGUGCUCACAUCAGCUUCGAAGAUGCCUCCACACACAUGUACCUGGACCAGUCAGGCCGACACAUCACGACGGACAAGGGCUUCCGGAUGGCAAGAGCGAACGUUGCGGUGCGCCAGGGCACAUGGUAUUGGGAAUGCAAAAUCACUAGAGGAACAAUCAAUACCGCGGAUGGUAGCAAGGGCGAGGCGCACGGCCACGUGCGCAUGGGCUUCGCAAGACGAGAGGCCUCACUAGAUGCGCCAGUCGGGUUCGAUGCCUACAGCUAUGGUAUCCGAGACGUGGAAGGCCAGAAGGUGCACAUGUCCCGACCCAAGGACUUCUUCCCCGCCGGUGAGGAUAUCAAGGAAGGCGACGUCAUCGGGCUCGAGAUCCGACUGCCGUCAGAACAGCUACACCGGAAGGUAGUCCAGGGCCAAUACAACCCGGCCGUGGACCUCCUCGACGACGAAGAACCGAGCGCGGAGGCAGCCAACAUCGUGCGCGACCGGAUACCCAUCCGGUUCAAGGCGCACAUCUACUUCGAGAAGAUCGACUACCACACGACGAAGGAGCUGGAGGACCUGAUGAACCCGUCGCCCGUGGGCGCGUCGGGGACUGCCGGCAGUAGGCCUGGCGAUAGACCCAACCCGAACCACAAGGAACCUGCCCUUCGGACCCUGCCCAACUCCUACAUCAAGGUCUACAAGAAUGGCGUGCUGAUGGGCACGCCCUUCACGGACCUGCUCGCCUUCCUCCCGCCCGCCUCGAAACCUCAGGUCCAGGUCGGUGCGCGGGAGGGCAUGGACGACGGCAUGCUCGGCUACUACCCUGCGAUCAGCUUAUUCCGCGGCGGCGCGGCCGAGGUCAACUUCGGCCCGCGCUUCUGGUGCCCACCGCCGGGGUUCGCAGCGGCGGACGGCGACGACGUCGACAUGGUGGACGCGGCCCAGGAUCCGGACCCGGACACCGUCAUGGUCGGGCAGCAGAGCAGCAACCAAGCCGCGCAGAAGCUGGAUAAGGUCCGGCCGCUGGCAGAGCGCUACGACGAGCAGAUCGUCGAGGACGUCGUCGCGGACAUCGUCGACGAGGUCGACUUCUGGAUGCAGGACGGCGCGCGCGUCAUCGACCGCACGGGCGGGCGCGACGGGAAGGCCGAGACGUUGGUGGGGAUUGCGCCCGGCAGGGAGGAGAUCAAGGAGAUUGUGCAGGAUGACUAG